AGAUGGCGUUCGCUCCACAGCGCCAGCGUCAAUUACGACAACUCUCAUUGGCUAAUUGCAUAUUUUCAUAGUGGCGAAUUGACAAAUGUUUUGAAUAACAAUAAUUUUACAUUUUUCCAUAAACUUUCACCAAAAACGCGUUUAUAUUAGUGUCUACAACAAAACUAAAGUGAUACAUUAGUGAAGAUACAAAGCACAGUGAUAUCCAACGGCCAUAUUUUGGAGUAGGGCGUGUGGAACUCGGCGUUCUUGAAAAUGGUGGACUAGGAAAGUGAAUACCAGUGAAACAUCGCCGCUUGAACGCUCAUAAAGCUUAUAGGUGAAAAAUACCUACGUGUCAGCGUUAUUCGUUCACCAUUCAAUAGUGAGUUGUAGUUAAAAAACUGUAAUUUUUCGCAGUGGAUGCAGCACAAACAGUUUCCCAGUGCAAAAUCAGGUUAGUGGGGUUCCCUUUCUUUUGUCUUCGUACGGAUUGCUCAAACAACUCUGCAUUUUUUCGAAUGCCAAAUAGUGUGCUGCUGUAGUUAGUAUAGCAUUUGGAAUGAAGCCUACAUAUUUUUGGAUGGACAAGUCAGUUGUCUGUGGUGACAGUGUUAUUAUGAGAUGUUGUUGGAGCGUACCUAUUUGGAAGAAGUCUGUCACCCAAUGGAGGACCUGGCAUACGCAAAUGGAAAGUCAGUGGAUGAGGUAGAAGGGAAAAGAAAAAAGAGAAGGCCUAAGGAACCUGUUGUAGAAGAAAGGCUGAGAUCUUCUACCCCCUUACCAGAGGAAUGUGUGAUGACGCGUCAGACUAGAAAUAGGAAGCCAAGAAUUCCUGUGCUACAAUCUGGAUAUUGUGCUGUCUGUGGUGUGCCAUACAACAGUGUUGAAGACCACAUACAGUCGAGGAAGCAUCAGAAGCUGAUUGGAGAAGAUGCCAACUACAUUGCUCUGAAUGGAUCUUUGAACGGGUUUCUGCAUACAAACACCAUUCCAUUUUUGAAUUUGAAUGGGAUUGAUGCCAUAGGCGUUCACGAGACCUCGUUGGACGACCUCCCUCCGCCGUUGGUACCGCCUCCAUCGUCAAACAAUCGCCGCCAAGUCAUGCGCCGCACGCGAGCAACGUCGAUGAUGCACGAGCGGCCGACGCGAACGUGCACGACCCAUCCUAGGUCACCGCCCCCUGCCACGGAGGCCACGCCUCCUGCCAAUAACCACCACCAUUUGCGCUCCAGACGGACGGUCAAUUACGCCGUGGACGAGGACAGUUUGCACGAGGAUGAGGGCAGGGAGUUGAGGUCGACGAUGACCGCAUCUACACCGGCGAACGCAGCCAGUACGGCGAUUGCUACUAGGGGAUUUACGAAACUCUCCGAGCAAUUGCUGGACUCCCAAGAAGAAGUAUGGAAUUCCGGUCGACCGAAAAGGGCGUGUAUCCGACAGAAAAGGGCGCGAUCCGAAGAGAAGCAGUCUCAAUCUGCCAAUCAAAAGACAUAUUACAAAGUGGAAGUGCUGACAUCGCGGCAACGGUCGCUCAAAGAACAGCAGUCGACGAGAAGACAGCAAUCGCAGAGCCCUAAAAGGGAGAAAGAAGAUGAAAAAGAUAAAGGGUUGAUUGUAAAAUUCAAAAAACUUCGCAACUCCGAACUGAUCCAGCUGAAUAACGAAGCGACGAAUUUCCUUUUCCCCAAAAAAGAAGAUUCCAGUUCGGACGACGAGGAGGAGCAAAAUGGUGAAGACGGAUCAGUGAUCAACAUCGAAAGCUCGACAGAAGACAGCGUGAUAUCCUGUCACGAUCUGGACAGCAACGGGAAGAUAAAGACUGAAGAUGACGCGUCAUUGGACAGCACCGCUUCAUCGGCCACGAAGAAAAAACGGCGGAGAACUCAAGCCGAAGCUUUUAUACUAGAUAAUCAGAAAUACUAUAAGUUCGAGACGCCGGGAUCCAGUUCUUCCAGGUUACGGUAUCACGGUUCCUACCUGCCGUCUAUCGGGAGGUCACCCAGCCACGUGGGUGCCGACAAACCGACGGAUUCUACAAGCGGGAAGAUGUCGAUGGAAUCCAAAGUGAAAGUGGACAGUUACAAGUUUUCUUUCGAAAAGGAACCUAAAAAUAGUGCUGUGAUGGAGGCGUUCAGGCGACAGGAUGCUGGACGGCAGAAAUAUACGUAUUUUAGUGAUAGCCCGUUCUGGGACCCAUUCAUAAUGCCCUACCAAAUGCCGUACCUGACCCCUCUAGACCCGCGCGCAUGCCGCGCCUACUAUCGCGAGCUCAAGCGAUGCAUCCAGGAGGCGGUCGCGAACGCGAAAGCCGCCUCCGCAUCUCCAUCGGGGGCGGCAGAGGAGGCCGUCGAAUCUUCGAACGCGCCGACCGAUUGCUCGGCAUCAGUGGCGUCGUUUUCCGGCGAUGUUGUCGCGCUGCAGGAUGAGGACAGCAAGACGAGUGUCGGUACGACGUUGAGUUCGACAGAGAGCGCGCAGGAAGAGGAGUCAACCGCAGCUGCUGGGGCGAGUAGUACAACCGUGGGCAAACGUAAGAAAAGAAGUAGGCGCACCAAUGCAGACCUAUUACAAGAUCUCAGCAGCGGUAAGAAUCCCAGGAAAAGUCCAAGACAACACGCAUCGACCUUAGCAAUAUUGAGUAGCUUUUUACAGCAGAGAAAACGGAGGUCGAGGAACAGAGACGGCGAAAUGCAGAGUGCUCCUCUGCCUACAAUCACCGAAGAAACUCCCAAGGCAGAACCACCAACAGAAACUCCGUCUCAGGAAGUACCGGUCCAGGUUGAAGCUCAAAGCUCUUCUGUACCGACCAAAACCCCACCAAGGACUCCUCGUAAACAAGCAAAACCGAAAAUUGACUAUUUCUCUAUAGCUCAAAGUAUAGACGAUGAACUAGACACCGCUCUUAAGGACGAGAACUUGGCAAUGCUAGAGGCUGAUUUAGAGCGACUAGGUCAAUUACAAGAAGAAGAAAAAGAUUUUGGAGUGGAUUUCCACGCGUGUAGGAUAAAUAUUACGGAAAUAAUGCAAUUGUAUGAGGAGGAGAAGAAAAAGGAGACUGUUAGAAGUUGUAGAAAGUUUUUCAACAAUAACCAACCUUUGGUGCCACCUGGGAAGAAACAUAGUAAGAAAAGGAGGAUGAACUUGACGGGGUGGCCAAAUAAAAUCAAAAGGUCUAAACCCGGCAAAAGCAAGGACGACAACAGCACGGCUGAUUCUGGCAGUGUCAAGGACUUUUCAGAGGAAGAGCCCGCUGCUGCAGUUCCGCUUCCGAAACCUGCCGUACAAACGCCGAAAAAGAACAUCAAGGUUAACAAUAGGACGACGGCCAAACGGCCGCCGCAGUCGAAAAACAACAAAUUGACCAACGGCAGUACGUCACCCGAGAUACAUAUGCAGCCAUACGUCUUCGUGCGAAAGUUGGAGAACAGUAAAGUACAAAGUAGCCCGAAAGCUGCAACACCAAAACAAAAGAAACCCAACCGCAGACACAUACCAGGGUCUCCAAAAUCUCCGAGAGCUCUGCGGAAGCCCAGGGGAAAAUGGUAUAAGGAAAGGUAGGAGGAGGGGGAAAUCGAGACUGUCAAACUGGACGAUCAAGGGUAACUGUGCAGGAUAACCGCUGAGUGUGAAUGAGAUUGUGUGAUGUGAUGUUAGAAGUUUUGUACGGGUGGAUUCUGAUGAGAAAAACCUGUUAUCAACCAACUAUUAAGGAAAAUUGCAACAUAUCCUUGUUCGCAGAAAGCAGGUGUUUGUCCAAAAACAUUCAGAUAAUUUGUACUUAUAUUUCGUAUUGCCGUUCUCAAAUUACAAUAAUUACACUUGUAGUUGCAAUUUUUUUUGAGCUUAAAACAAAUACAGCAGACGCUCGAGAAUGUAAACUAAUUUAAUCCAAGUGUGGUUCACAUUAUCGAAAUAUUUACGUGAUUUAUAUGAUAUUUGAUUUAUUAAAAGAAACGUUUAAUACAUACUAUUUAUAACAAAAUAAACAAAUAUUCUAACAGCGAUAAGUAUGUUUUUAAUUAGACGAAAAAUAAUUAACAAUUUUUGUCUGCGUAAAUUUG